ACCUCAACCUCCAUGAAAUCAACUUCUUCCUCAGAGUCAACACUGAAGUCCACAGCAAGUCCUCCGCACACCUCAGAGUCUGCGACUACUUCCAUUUCCUCAAGUACAAAUGUGUCUGAAACGAGCACCAGCACUUCCUCAACCGAGAUGCCCCCCACAACACCAACCCUCAGCUCAACGGAGAGUGUAAUAACUCAUUCCUCCUUGGAGACUACAGAGAGACCUUUCACGGUGGAAACCUCAUCCUCCAUAACGUCACCUUCUUCCACUGAAUCAACCCCUGAGUCCACAGCAAGUCCUCCGCACACCUCAGAGUCUGCGACUACUUCCAUUUCCUCAAGUACAAAUGUGUCUGAAACGAGCACCAGCACUUCCUCAACUGAGACAUCAAGCUUUAGCUCACCCACGAGUUCUUUGACUCAUUCUUCUUCGUCCACUACGGUGGAAACUUCUACUUUGGAAACCUCAUCCUCCUUAACAUCUGGUGUCUCUUCCAGUGAUGUGACUGUUCUGCUGUCAACAACAAAUCGUCCUUCCAGUACAUCUGGCACUUCUAUUUCUGAGUUUAGCACCAGCCCCUCAUCCAUUGAAACAAAAACUGUGCCUCAGACCUUUUCGUCAGUAGUUUCUUCUCAUGGUCCUAAUCGAUCAACAGCUUCCGCUGAAAUACCUCCAUUACCCAGCACUGUCCCUGUGAUUUCAUCUAGAUCAACUCACCCUUCAAGCACUAACUCACGAACAUCCUAUUCGGUGCCUACUAGUACAGAAGCUCCUUCCAGUGCCUUGCCUGCUGUGAUCUGUCAUAAUGGAGGCACACCACAGGGGAGUCGGUGUGUAUGUCCACCUCUGUUUACUGGCCCGCGGUGCCAGGAAGUUCUGAAUGAAAUCGUUGCGGAGGUGACGGCCACCAUCAAGGUCGUUGUGGAGGUGACAAAUUGGAACUACAGCUCAGAAAUGCAAGAUCUCUCCUCCAACGUCUCUAGGACAUUUGUGCGUGCCUUCGAGGCGCAGAUGGACAUCUUUUACCGCAUGAUCAUUCCCCACUUCCAGGGGAUCAAAGUGAUCCAGCUCAGCAAAGGCAGUGUUGUCGUGCGCCACGAUGUCCUCUUCUUCACGCCUUUCUCCGGCUUCAAUGCUUCUUACAACACCACUUUGCACACCGUCCGGGAGCACCUGGAGAAAUCACAGACGCAGUGCAGGAAGGGUAUGAUGUGCUUUAACAACACCUCCGCGUAUGCAGUGGGCUUGGGCCAGGAAGAGCCCUGCAGGAAUCCGCAGAUCCCGCCGCUCCUCCAGCCGUACUACGUGGCCAGCAACGUCAGCGGCCAGCUCCAGUGCGUCUCCAACUGCAGCGUUUGGCACCCGGACCCCUUCACCUGCGUGCGCGGAAGCUGCGUCCUCCAGACCAGCGGGCCCAGCUGCUACUGCGAACAGUCAGACCUCUACUGGUACGUGGGCAGCCGCUGCGAGCAAAGCAUCAGCAAAGUGGGCGUGGGCGUGGGGGUGGCCCUGGCCCUGGCCGCCCUGCUGCUGCUGAUCCUCGUCUUGGCUGUGCUCCUCUGCUGGAGGGGCUGCCGUCGGAAGGGGAAGGAUGGCGGCAGGCCGAAGGGUGCCGCUGAUGAAGAGAAUUGGUAUGAGAACGAGUCCGCAUGGGACGCCGACCCUCGAGGCCCCCCGGGGCAGAGCCCAGAGGCCAGCAGCCUGCCAGAGUCAGAGGGCGGCUCCAGGAGUGACCAGACAUCCUCCUCCGGCCAGGGAUCCUUCCGUCCCUGCCUGGACAAGGUGGACACAUCUCUCCAGACGCGGAUUGCCCGGCCCCAGCUGACCCGGCUGUGACGAGACCUGGGAGUCUGGCCGUAGGACGACAGCUGCGCGUGGUCUCCGUGGCCUUCGUCUGCAGGGCCCGGGGUGGCCGUGGGCCCGCCAUGAGCAGAGGGGGCUGCUGCGCUGCAGAGCACGGGACCCCCACCGAAUGCCAGUGAACGACUCGUGAGGCUUCGGCACCCCAAGGCUGGCUGUUGUGAGAGUCUCUUUGGCACAAGACUCACCGCCUCUGCAGGCCAGGAGGGAGAGUGGCCAGGACUUUGCCAGAGGCCUUCCUUUGUCUUUCCUCCCUCCCAGCUUGCUCUGCAUCCUCCCUCCCUGCAACAUGCCCCAUGAUCCUCCUCUGACUUUGCCUCAAAUACUUUUGGACCCAGAGUGCGAGAUGCCCCGGCGUCCAGAGCCAGGCCUCCCAGGAGAGACAUGGUGGGCAGAACAGAGGCUGGCGGAGGUGAUGCUGCUCUGGGGAAGGGCUGCCUGCACGGCUCCACGUGUCCUUACAAAGGGGGCUGAGCACAGGGGGGGCCUGGGGCAAACGGCAGCUCAUGGGAGACUCUGAGCAAGGGGGCGAGGGCGAGGGCAACAGCAUCAAACCGAGUUCAACAUUGUUACCUGCAGUGCAAAUAAUGAAAGUUGGUGAGGCUGUCUUUGCUGCUGCUGCUGCUGCUGCUGCUGCUAUGGGGCAGGGGGAAGGGGGGGAAGAGGUACAGGACCACACGUGGAACUGCCGGAUAGUGACCCCGCCCCUUUGUCAGGCUCAGGAGGGUCCACCGUGGUCUUGAGUCUGGUCUUGGUCCUGCUGGGGACUGAAUCGGCUGGGGGUGAAAGAGCUACGAGCUCCCCUCCCCCCCACACCUCCUUCUCUUUAAUAAGGAAAUUCUGGUGUCUGUGUUUACAAAAAAUAUUUAUUAUUUUGCUUAUUUUUAAAAUGUCAUUUGCCACUGAGACACAAGACGGAUCGCGGAGUUGGAAAGCAAUGCAAAACAGACCAGUGUAACACAUACAACAAAUAAUGCAACAAAAACAGAUAAUAAAAUGGGAGAACAGUAAAA